GGCAUGCUGAGAUGUCGGCGACGCGUAUUCGUAGUCCGGCAAGUGCUUCUGUCGCAGACGUGUAGAUACAGUCUACCUCAUGGCACAAGAGCUGCCGCCGAGACGGUGUCGAUCCCAUGUGGGAGCAAUGGUAGCAUAACGCUAGAUAUCCACCAUCCUACGGCUGCUCCCUCACCGAGCCCUACGGUCGCCAUCUUCCUGCCACGUGGGCCACUACUGUCCAAUCCACCCGACGACGCGUCCAACGUGUCAAUCCUACGAUCGGUACUGCCUUGCCAUGUUGUGCAGAUCAACUAUCGGUGGUCCGCGGUCGACAAGUUCCCAACCCCAAUCCACGACGUGAUGGCUGGCUAUGACUGGAUCGUGUCCAAUUUUCUGCCGAAACGAGCCUUUACAAGACCAGGCCGCUCCGAGCGGGCCGGCAGGGUCAUCGUCUGCGGAGAGCUUGCCGGUGGUCAGCUUGCGACUGCUCUGGCGUUGACGGAAUGCAGAUUGGGAGAACCCGGCAUCGUCGCAGCGAAUGUAAACCUGCCGAUAUUCGACUGGACGGAGCUGGACGAGUUGAAGGGAACGACCGCCUCUUCGAAUGGGCUCAAUUCAACGGCCUUGCUGAAACAACGGAGCGCUCUUUUCAGGAAGCCCCAAGAUUACUACGACUCCUUCGCUUCACCCGGAUUGUUCUUCCGGUCUGCGAGCUCUCAAGUUCCUGGUCGAGUUGAAGAUUCGCCCUCGGACGAAAUGGAUGAGCUGGCCAGCUUGGAGCGAAUGGACUUCUUCCGAGAACAAGUGACUCUCGAGAACGCCAUCACGCAGCCCGCCGAUACGGAAUCCGAUCCCAUGAUCGUCAGUCAACUGGUCAAGCAGCGCAAAGCGUCGCGCAGAUUCCCCAGCAAGGCGCUCAAGCUGAGACUGCCGCAGUUUCGCAUCUCGACCGGCACUGAAUCUCCUCUCCUUGACCAAUCUAUGGAGCUUGCUCAUGUUCUACGCCAAAGCUUUGAGAGACAGGCUAAGUCUGGUGAGUUGUCGCACGAGGAUACGGCUGGACGGCAUGCGCAGAGCUAG